AUGUACAAACCCAAGAUAUUCAAAGAGCUGGGGGUCAAACGAGGCCAUACUCUAACGAGGUUUCUUUCUCAUGACCACGACAAUUCAGACCAGGACAAAGCUUUUGACGACGAUACAGACCAAUCAAAAAGAUUCCUCCGCAAAAUCAAGACCUACUCAAGUGGACUACACGAAUCCCCAAACCCUCCUAAAUCCCCUAUCAGGACAUCGGGACGGACACAAAAGCAAAUGGGGGAAAUGAAAGAUAUAGCAUUCGAGCUCAAGAUGCCUUCUAAGCAAAAUAUUCACCCAUUGGAUCAGCCGCUGAUACUUAAGGGUGGUAAGAAACUCUCUCCUUUACCAGUGAGCCAAAUGGGCAACAUUGGCCGCGGCAGUGUGGGAAGUGCUACAGAAGGAGGAGUCGUCAUGUCGAUGACAGAUAUUUCGAGAUUUUCUGAGAUAGUAUGGAACACAAUCUAUAAGCUGGCAAUGACGAUCUGGAACCUUGAUUUGUUUAUAAACAUACAACGGACAGACAAUUCAACUAUUCGGUUACAUGUGCCGUCGAUCAUUUUAGCACUCUUUGGCAUCCAUUUCUUGAGAUCCAUGCUUUUCAGAUCGGCCAACUCGUUGGACUCUAUUCCUUACUAUAGUACCAAGCCUGUUUUGAAAACGUCAUCCACGUUGACAAACCUAAUGAACUUCAUGGCUGUUCUCGGAGUUUGUGGAUAUCUCUUCCUAAAAAUGACACAAUCUAUGGAUGGUGACGCUAGUCAGGCGCGAUCUCAGACGAGUCAGAGCUUAAAGGACGAGAGAAGGGCUCACAGUGCAGAUAGCAAUGAUGCUACCACCAUUUCUUACAGUGAUGACAGUGGUUCUUCUACUACUUACCAUUCCCUAGAUAAUGACUCCGAGAAAUCAUACGCAGCCAGAAAAAGAGCUUCCAGGGAAGGUUCCCCAUUGAAAGUUCCUUUAACUUUACAUACCCAAAGGCAUAAGCAUCAGGUUCAGAAAUUGACUAUUAACAGAGCCAUAAGUGACAACGGGACAAACUACGGGCGUGCGCUUGCUCAUAGUCAGACCAAUGAUUACGAUAGCUACUUUGGUACAAGUACAGACAUGGAAAAAAUGAAACAGGCUGGUAGAAGAGAACUUCUUAGAGCUUUCAAUAUCAGCGAUGCAUAA